AUGGACGUCAAAUCCAUAAAGAACCAAAUCCUCUUCUGCACCCUGUUUGUUUUGCUUCUUCUCUUCUACUAUGGUUGGACGCGAGGAGCAGAAUUCCCUUCUUUCAAUUAUUCAAGCAGCACUAACGUGACCAUCCUAAUCUGGUACUGGCCUUUCGGGGGUACGCUCUCCCUAACAGGGGAUGUGUGCUGGGACCUCUACAAAAUACCAAGCUGUAGACUGGUGGACCAGCAUUCCUCGUUCCCCUCAGCUGAUGUGGUGGUGUUCCACAACAGAGAACUGAUACAGGGAAGUCAGAAACUGCCCACCGACCUCCAACGACCACAUGGCCAGAGGUGGGCCUGGAUGUCCCUGGAGUCUCCUGCUCAUAACGGAAACUUGCAGAAGUUUGCAAACAUCUUCAACAUGACCAUAUCCUACAGGAGGGAUGCUGAUGUGACCACACCUUAUGGGCAGCUUCUACCUGCGGAGCCCGAAGGUAACCUGGAGGACAGCCACAUGAAUAAGACCUCUCUGGUCUGUUGGGUGGUCAGCAACUAUAUGAACCACCACAAACGGACCCAAGUGUACAACGAGCUGAAAGCCAUAGUUCCUGUGGAUGUUUAUGGGCGUUGGAGUCAAAAGCCGCUCUCCUCUGACGAUCUCUUACCAACAAUCUCUCGUUGCUACUUUUAUUUGGCGUUUGAGAACUCAGUGGCAAAGGAUUAUAUUACAGAGAAGCUGUGGAAGAAUGCUUACCAAGGAGGUGCUGUGCCUGUUGUACUGGGGCCCUCGAUAAGUGACUACAACGCUGUGGCUCCAAAUCAUUCUUUUAUCCAUGUCGAUGAAUUUGCAUCAGUUCAAAAGCUGGGAGAGUACCUUCAAAGACUUGCAGAGGACAGGAAGCAAUACGAGGAAUAUUUUAACUGGAAAAAACACUGGAAAGUGAAGGUUCAUGGAGACUGGAGGGAAUCAAUGUGCAAGAUCUGUUUACAGUACAACAAAUUACCUCAGUACAAGGUUUAUUCUGAUCUAGAGGCCUGGGACAAGAAUGCUUAAUCUCAGCCAUGAUUAUUUGUGUUUAUUCGUUUUGCUGGUUACUUGAGACAUGACCAUAUUUAUAUCAUAACCUCGUUUCUGUUCAGUCCGUGAAGUUUUCCAUAUUUACUAUGAAUACAGUACAUCGAUGUCGGUAUUCAGAUCAGAAUCACCAUUUUGAAAAAAGGGGAGCAACUGUAGCCUGUGAAAGCGAGUGACUAAGCAGCAUCAUAUUGACGUUUACAUGAGCAUAUGUGAGAGUGAAGUAGAAAGUUGAGCAAAUCCACCAUGUUUAAGACGUGCACUGUGUUAGCUCUGCUAGUUUUUAUUUAUAGUCAAAAAA